GCUCUGGGAGCGCUCAGCGUGGCGAUCGGUGGUGUGCUAUGUCUCUCGGACACAGCGGAUCACCGAUCCAUGGAAAGAGCCGAAGACGUCAGCUUGGUCAUCUGAUCAGCUGUGUCCAAUCACAGCUGAUCACAUGGGACAUGUACACUGAUGAUCAGUGUGCCCUGAUGAUCAGUGUGGCCCCAAAAGUGCCAUCUGUCAGUGUCCAUCAGUGCCAGCUGUCAAUGCUGAACAGUGCCACGUGCCAGUGCCCAUCAGUGCCACAUCAUCAUUGCCACAUAUCAGUGCCUACCAGUGCACAUCAAUGCCACAUAUCAGUGCCCAUCUGAGCUGCCUUUCAGUGUCACCCAUCAAUGCCAGUCAGUACCACCUAUCAAUGUCAAUCAGUGCCACCUAUCAGUACUGCCAGUCAGUGCCACCCAUCAGUGCCAGUCAGUGCUGCCUAUCAGUGCC